CAAUCGCCCUUUUUGCCAAGUACUAGCAAACGCCAGUGCGUGAAAAUUAUGUUUACAUACCGUACCCAGGACGGUUAGUUUGCCAAAAAACAAAAAUCAACCGAAAGUCGGCAGUAACAGCACCACCGCCGUUCGCAAACAGUGCCAUCGAACAGGGGACUGUCCUGAAACGUCCCGCCAAACAAUCAAGAACCUGUGUCCGCUAUGAACGUCAACAGCAGUGGCGGAGGUAGCAAAAACCAUACCACCAGCAGCAUCGGUAACCAUCACACCUUCAACAAUAGUAUUCUCACCAGCAACGCCAACAAUCAACAGUACGCCAACAGCAAUGGACAGCAGCCAACGCUACGAAUCAGCCGCAGCAGUACCCGCAAGAAGCCUUUCCACUUCAUUUCCAACAUGUGGAAGAUGAAGAAAAUCAUCAAGUUUGAGGAUAUUAUGUUCCAUCGCGAGAUGAACUGUCGUGCUAGGUCGGAACCAUCAGUCUCGACCUACAACUGUACCAGCAAGGGCUGUCAGCGAAAGUCAUCACCCUCCUUCUCAAUGCUGAGUCUAUCGCCGGGGAAGUUCCAAAAAUCGGAUGAGCUGGAAGUCACUCGCCUCCGAUUAUCACGCAACGAUAACCCUUUCGUACAGAAAGUCCUCGCUAGUCGGGACAACGUGACGGACGUUAUCGACGAUACGGAGUCAGAUGACGCCAUACUGAUAUUAAUGUCCGAUGAAUUCAACGGCGAAACGGAAACGGAUCCACUAGCGUUGCCACAGGUGCAUGAACACAUGAUACGGUCCCCACCGCCGACAUUUUGGCCACGUUCGCAAAAGACUGUGUUUAACUUUGGGGGUGAUGAUCAAACGCAGAUCGGAACCGAUAGCAUUCCAGGGGGGUCGAAACACCAACGAGCGAACCAGUGCAACUACUAACACUUAAACGGGGAUUGGUGCUAUUUCUAAGGUACUAUUAGAGACAAAACUUUAACAUGGAAGAUGGCGGCGGGUACCUUGCGCAAUUCUGCAAAACAAAAACAACCACAAAUGCAAUUACCGUACGGGACACACACACACACACACAAAAAUGAUGGCAACGUACACAAAACGUUCUUAUUUUAGUCAACCGGUUGAACAUUCAGUUAAGUACGGUACACUAUGAAACAUUUCUUUCCUAUAACUUGUUACAACGUUUAUUAGUCAAUAUAUAUAAACGAUUUGUUUAAGCAAACCAA